CUGCUGCUACCCAUCGGAUUGUUAUUCCGAACGGAACGUCAAGCAACCGUUGACGCACAAAAAAGAUACCCUCAGUGACUUAGGGCUCUGCGACUCAACUAGUGUAACACAUAUUGAGUUUGACUUAGGUCGAGCGACGGACAUAUUUCCCCUACCUGUAAUGUAACUGGAGUGAGUACACAGGAUGGACGGAGGAGUUUCCAAAGGACCCGGUCCCUCUCUACCUCUCUCUGCCCUGCGGCUCCUGGUCCCACCCAUUCGGCUGGUCUCUGCAGCCAUCUGGCAGACGGUGGAGCAGAAAAUUGUGUCAGAUUAUGGGCUGCUCGAGGAGUUUGUAUUUAUGGUUACCGAAAUUGUACCUCAGCUUCUCUCCAUGAGGCAGCGGGCUGAGCUCAUUUUGGGUCUCAGAGCAAGGCUUAUACUGGAGUUGUGUCGCUCCGAGGAGACGGCUGACCUCCAGAUUAUUCAGCCACAUCUUGAUCGAAUGCAGAACCUCAGAUCUCUGUGGAACGUGGAGAGUGAUAACGCCGAACAAGGGGAAUCUGACUCCCAUUUCAUGGGUCUGGUCCAAAACCUGCUGAGAGAUCCUGAUGAGAGAACAAACUUUUUCCAGGAUGUUUUCCCAGGAGAUUUUGGGCCCACUUAUGACAAAGCAAUCCAGACACUGAUGUGGCUGUUUCUGUCCAGACUAGAGAAACUUCUUCCUUCCCAAACUCUCCAACAGAUUGCAUCUCUGCUCAGUGACGCCUCGUCCGUUCUGAAUGAAUGCAUGGAGACAUUUGCUCAGCCUCAGGAUCUCAAAACCUUGCUGGGCACUCAGAAAGACCUAAACCAGCUAGAAGACAUAGAGUCUUUUGUUGUUGACAGUGGCAUCCUGUCAGCUCUCUGUCUCCCUCCUGUGGAAAGAGUUGUGAUUGUCAAUGAACAAACUGAGACAGAUGCAGAAAGUGGACUCGUGUAUACAGUCUGCACAGAGAUGGAGGUGGAAUCUGAGAACAAAGAGGUAUACGUGGAGGGAACUGGGAACUCUGAAGAGUGCGUUCAGUCCCAGUGGUUUGGUCUCGGCAGCGAGGUGAAAGCAGAAAUGGACACUGUGGUGGUUACAGAUCCCAUCGAAGGGGCCGAAGCCAGUGACGGUGAAAUGCCAGGCGACAACCAUGACGAACAAUCCGGAACGCUGAUGAUUGGGGAAGAUGGCCAGGUGACAGUACUUGAUGGCGUGGAGAAGAAGCCAAAUAAACGUGGAAGGAAAAAGAAGCGCCCUGAAGAUGAAGACUUUGAAUUGCCGAGCAGAGUGAGGGGCAAACAAGACGAUCCAGAAUUUGAUGUGGUGGGCGAACGACCAGUGCGAAAGAACCGUGGACUCAAGAUGAAACGGUACCUGUCGCAGUGGAGGAAAACUGGCAAGACACAGAGCAGUAAUACUGCUACCAGUGGUCCUAAAAAGUUUGCCAGGUCCCAGAGUUCAACCAAAAGCAGUGACUUGGACAAGAGAACAUGCAAAGUGUGCGGAAAAGUGGUGAGUCAUGCAAAGUUCUUGGAGCGUCACAUGAAUCGACACUCAGAGGAGCUGCCCUUUUCUUGUCCUAACUGCAAAAGGUUUUAUAAGAGCUUGCGGUACUUGCAGCAACACAGAUGUCCAAGUGCGACCAAAGCAAAGCCUGGCAGGAAAGCAAAGGAACAAGAGACAGGAGCAGGUGAUGGUGAUGGUGAACAAUCUUCUAGUGGGGUUCUUUGUGAGGCAACCAGUGAAGAUCAGCCGUCAGACAACACAGGCCAGGAUCCUGAUUACACGCCCUCUGGUGAGAGGAGGCCCUCAAGAGAAUCAGACCAGACAAGUCCUGAUGGAAACAAAAGUGUGUUAGAAGGUCCAUUCUACUGUCCUCACUGCAGCGUCGAGUUUAAGUGCAAACAAACUUUUAGGUUCCAUUUAAGAAACAUUUGCUACAAUGAGCAACAGGUGGAUCCUGAGAAGCCUGAUGAUGUAAAGCAUUGUUUCAGGUGUGAUGAGUGUGACAAGGCGUUCAAGUACAAAUCAACAUUGGAUUCCCACAAACAAACUCACAACCCGCUGUAUUGCGAGGUGUGCAUGAAACUAGUGCGAGACUCUGAGGCACUGGCAAUGCACAAAGAAUCCCACACCCCUUUUCAGUGCAACCAGUGUGAGGAGAACUUUCCUGUUUUCAAGGCACUUCAUAAGCACUACAUAGACGUCCAUAAUCCCAUCGAGCCUUUCACCUGCACCCACUGCCAGACCACUUUUGCCAGUUUGAAGCGAUUCAUCAGACAUGAGUGGAAGCACACCGGUUACCAGCCAUUUCAGUGCACUCAUUGCAGUAAAAGAUUCAGAUCGUACUCUGACCUUGUGGAGCAUCAGAAAAAACACACCAAAGCGUAUCCAUUCCUCUGCUGGGAGUGUGGCAAGAAAUUCCGGCACGGCGUUACCUUGACCAGACACGUGGAGCGCGUGCAUCACUCCGGUGAGCCUGUAACAGAGAAACCCAUGCCAAUCUUCACCUGCGCUCAGUGCGGGAAGACCUUCACUUCAAGAAGAUGCCUUCUGAAACACGACAAUUUCCAUCACAAAGGGCUGCGUUUCCCCUGCGAGCACUGUGGAAAAGGAUUCUUUGGCAAAGACGCUUUGGUGAGGCACACUUUGAUUCACACAGGCGAAAGGCCUUUCAAGUGCGACGACUGCGAUAAGUCUUUCAGAUCUGCCGCAGAAUUAAAGAUACACAGGAGAUACCAUACAGGGGAAAGACCAUUUAAGUGCAGCAUCUGUCAGAAAGGUUUUGUCCAGUCCUGCUUUCUCACCUUACACAUGCGAACCCAUACAGGAGAGAGACCAUAUGUUUGUACAGUAUGUAGCAAGGGCUUUUCCAGCCUGCAUGGCCUAAAAAGACACAGGAGACUUGUUCAUGCAUAGUUAAUGUUAAUAAGAUGCUAAUUCCAUUGGGGAUGUUCUGUUCCCCCUAGUGAAGGAGCUGAAAACAUGAACUUGAGGAAUAUAAUUUGACCUUGCUUAAGAACACUUCAGCAGUUUGGAAGUUGAAGGACAUUUUCUUUAAAAUACCAGCCACAUUGCUCCUUCUGUGGCCUUCACAGCUUAAAUUGUUGGGACUGUGUAAUUGUAUAGUGCAUUACAAAAAUGUAACUGUAUUUUUUACAGAAAUGUUUGCUGUAGUUCUACAUAAAAUUUGUAUGUAUAAAUGAUAUAAACCUUUGUUCCUUGGGGAAUUUAUUUCAUUUCUUGAAUAAAUUAAACAUUUGAUUCUA